AUGACAAGCCAAGACUCUCUCGAUUUGGCUCGAGUGUUCAUGGCCCAGCAGCAAGGCUACGUUUCGACUUCAUCAUCCGCUCAAACGCUCAUCAUGGACAAUGGAGGAGAUACAAUCAAGAUUGGAUUGGCUCCUAGUUCUUUAAACGAAGUUUUCGAUCAAGCACGUGAAGUCAAACGUCCACUCAUAAUUCCGAAUAUGAUUGCUAAACAAAAAGCAUCAUCAGCAACAAGUGGUUCAAUGUUUAUUGGAGAUCAACUCGAAAGUGAUUGUGAAUGUUUUGCAUCCUUGCUAUUCAGAAGACCAAUUGAAAGAGGAUAUGUUGUGGAUUGUGAAACACAAGCUAUCAUUUGGGAUUAUAUAUUUAAAACACAUUUUUCAAGUUUGUCAAUAAGUGAAACAAGACUCUUUCUUUCUCAUCAACCUUUUACACCAAAGACCAUACAAAAAGAUCUUUGUCAAUUAAUAUUUGAAUACUUUGGAUUUAAGGAAUAUGCCUCAAUAUCUAGUCAAUACCUAAGUUUUUUUGGAUAUAUUAAUGAAAUUAGCGAUGAAAAAUCUCCUCUUUACUCGUUAGAUACGACCAAUCCUGUGAAAAUAUCCAAAAGUGCCCUAGUGGUGGAUUCUGGAUUUUCAUUUUCACAUAUUUAUCCAAUUAUUAAUUCUCUCCCUAUGAAAGCAGGUAUUCAACGAAUUGAUAUUGGAGGAAAGUUACUAACAAAUUAUCUCAAAGAAGUAGUAUCGAAUAGAUAUUAUGACAUGAUGGAAGAAACAUAUUUAAUGAAUCUUGUUAAAGAAAGAUUAUGUUAUGUAUCAAAGAAUUUUCUUAAAGAUUUACAUGCUGCUUCUUUUAGCGAUUCUCCUCUCUUUCAAUCCUAUGUGCUUCCAGAUUACAGGCACAGCAAAACUGGUUAUUUAUUGGAUACUUCUGAUGCAUCAUCAAUUGAUCCUGAACUACAAAUUCUGACCCUGAAUAAUGAACGUAUUGCAAUUCCAGAGCUUUUAUUCAAUCCCUCUGAUAUUGGUCUCAAUCAAGCAGGCAUUGCAGAAACAUGCGCAAGGACUAUAUUGACCAAUAUCAAAUCUCCUGUCGAACAGUCCAUCUUGUUUGAUACCAUUUUGGUAACAGGAGGUAACUCGAAAUUCAAAAACUUUAAAGAGCGAUUACUCCAAGAAAUAAGACCAUUCUGUCCACAAGAGGUCAAGUCUGUCACUGUUUUGGAAAGUAAAAAUCCCAUCACAUUGUGCUGGAGAGGAGCCUCAGCAUUUAGUUUCUACCAAAAACGACAACUGGACCAAUGCACUGUGAAAAAAGAGGAAUAUGAGGAAGUAGGGUUUGAAUUAUGCGAAGAUCGAUUCAAACAGAGCUAA